AUGACCACUGAGCUACCAGAGAAGGAGGGCUCCAUAAUACAGCCCUCCCAGGAAGUCCUACUGAAUCACCAAUGUUCCUUAGUUAAACAUUACUUGCAAAGUGCAAGCAAUAAUGAACUCCUCCAGGAACCAGUAUUUGAACCGCCAAAGACGCUGAUCAACUUACCUUCUUAUAUUGACAAGGAGGCUCCCAUCCAAAAAUAUGAUUAUAAAAUGACAAUCAAGGAUUCACAUGGAGAAAGGAAGAUUACAGACAAGGGAAAUCUUCUGGGAAAUCGUUCAUUUUUAUUUUCCACAUUCUCUAUACCAAAGACUGGAGCAAUAUCAUUUGUUUUAUUGACUGACCUAUUAGACUGUUUAAAAUUUAAAGGUGCAUUUGACGAAUUUCUCAGAAUCAAUGGCAACCUAUAUCCAAUUGAGGCUGACGAAGAAACUACACAUUUUCUACGUACUAACAACCUUAUAAGCUCAAUAGCGGAUAGUGGUAAUGAUUCUAACAUCAUCUAUGUUACAGCACGCUCUGUGUUUAUUCAGUUUGGAGCUGCAGUAGUUGCGUCGGGUUCCAGAGUAAUCGAUGAUUAUUGGGAAGAAAUAGCUAUUAAUCAAGGACUGACACCUCAGCAUAGAGUUUUUUGUUACUCAAAGGAGUUGUUAGAUAAGAUCUUCUUAAUUAAUCCUCACCUAGCCCCCAAAGUGAUAACUUCCGACAAAGAUGCUGAUAAUGCCCCACUGGGUCCAUUUGAGCCUGCAGAUUUAACAAUUAUGGAACAAUUUUCAGCAGAUAUAAGAGAUGAUUAUGCAAGACAAUUUAGCCAAGGAGAACAUAUAGAUAUUGUAAUUCCUGGUCAAUGUAUCAAUGGAUCUUUAGAAUUAAAUGCACAAUUUCGAGUGCCCAAAUAUCACAGCAAAAACUCUUUCCUACAAGCAUCCCAAAUAAAUGCCAUGGAUGUUGCAAUAGGUGAGCAUCAUAAAUUGUAUACUGCAAUAACAGAACCAGAUACUGAUGUUUCUCGAAGUAACACGGCUUCCUUGGCAGAACCAGAUACGAGUUCUUCCGCCAUUAAUCUAAAUAAACCUAUUAAACGAAUGUUAAGCAGUAUUCUAGACAUGCCUUCAACCACAGCGAAAGAUAAGAAGUCAGAGGAGUUUGAUAAAAUCUAUUCAAAUAACGGACUACAUUCUUCUCAUAUAGAUUUGAAUAUUGAUGGUUGGAAAUUUGAGACGCUGCCCGUGAAAUCGGCAAAUAACCAUUCAGAAUAUUCUACAAGGGGACUACCUAAUUACGAAAAAAAUAUACUAUUCAAAAGACUGAAUUUAUUAACUCCUAAUGAAAUAAAAGAAGUGGAACAUAUGCAUGACGCAGUCUUUUUGAAUACUGGGUUACAGAAUCUGAGGAAGAUUAGAUCCAAAAAAUGGACGAAAUAUUGGCAAUAUAAAUUUGGUGCCCCUAUUGGUCUCCAAAAGAAUCAAAAUUCCGCCUUUAUGAAUCGUUAUUUAACAGACAUUUUAAACCAGUCGAGUGUCUUAACGACCUACAAUGAGGAAACCAAUAAUGAUGAAACACAUAUCACGACAAGGACUCCCAAUCCGAACCUAUUGAAAAAUGGCAACAUCAGAGGCUUUAAACCACCUUAUGUAUUUCGAAAUAAUGAGCGAUAG